AUGAGGAGGGAGAAAUACAAAUCUUACGAUGAAAGGGAGGCCAACUACUGUCAAGUAUUCGUCGAGCACAUGGCGAAAGAUGCCUUGACCUGGUUCUCUAACCUCCCCGCCGAGUCGAUCGAUAACUUCGACGACCUAACCAAUGCUUUUCUGAAGCAUUACUCCAUGCACAUGACCCGAAUCACUCGGAACAUGUUCACCACAACGCAAACCCAAGGCGAACCAUUGCGCAGCUUUAUGGAAAGGUUCAAACAAGCAGCUCGCGACACUGGCGACAUGCCCGAUAGCGUCCCGCUGGAAGCACUCCGCAACGGCCUCUGGUACGACUCCAAGUUUAAGGAGGAUUUGUCACUAAAACCCCCUGCGACUCUGGAGGACGCGUUCCACCGCUCUCGGAACUACAUCUUCCUCGAGGAAGACCAGCGCUUCUACGCCGAGAAACAUGGAGAUAGGAGGGCAACCUCCAGCCGACAACAGCCCGAGCAGGAACCGCAUCACAUCAAGAAACGGGCAACAGAUGUCGCGACGCCCGAUCUCGACGACUCUGACACGUUUUGCCGCCUCCACGGAACCGGUGACCACUCUACAAGAAACUGCCGACGCCUAACUCGCGAUCUCCUUCGGAGAUACCAGCACGGGGAGCUACCACCGAUAAAAGGGGACCGCUCUCGUCACAGACGAAAGCCGGCACAACCCGUAAUCCCGGAAAACACGCCGGAUGACCAUGAAUACGCAGCGGUGGAGCACGAUCGCAACCCGACCCGCGAAGAAAUCCCCACUAUCAUCUUCACGGAUCAAGAUACGGCGGGGCUGGAUACCCCUCACGUCGACCCACUCGUGGUCAGCUUGCACAUCAGUGACUCCAGCGUAGCAAGAAUCCUGAUCGAUACCGGGAGCACGGUGAAUCUAAUCUACAAAGAGACCCUCAACCGCAUGGAAAUCAGCAGAGACCAGAUCAAGCGUUCGUUGUACUCCCUCACCGGGUUCACCUCCGAACACGUCUCCAGUGAAGGCACGAUCCGCCUACCUAUCCACGUCGGCGGAACAACCAAAGCCGCCGAAUUCUUCGUCAUCGAUAAACCAGCCAUUUACAACGCCAUUUUGGGCACCCCAUGGCUCCACGAGAUGAAGGCCGUCGUCUCGACCUUUCACCAAUGUGUGAAAUUCCCGGCACAAUCAGGAAUUUACACACUGAGAGGGAAUCAGGGGGCAGCAAGGUCAUGCUUCCUCUAUGAGCGACGGCUCCGCCUAGCAGCAACAUGCACCGCAAACGAGGAAAUGGAUCCACGCCUUCCAUACCACCAGAGACCAAAGCCGGCCCUCGUCGACGAGGUGAAUAUCGACGAAUCGUCCGGAAAGGUGCGUUGGCAUCGGUGGCGACCUCGACGAAAAGAUAAAGAGCAACUGGUCACAUUGCUCAAACAGAACGUGCACCUUUUCGCAUGGUCAAUGGCAGAUAUGAAAGGGAUCGACCCGGCAAUCACAUCCCACGAGCUAAACGUGGACUCUACCUACAAACCCAUGAGACAGAAAAGACGCAAGCUCGGCGCCGAUAAAGCUCAAGCAGUCAAUGAAGAAGUGGAAAAGCUACUUAGAGCCGGAUCGAUCACUGAAGAUAGCUUCCCUUUACCGCAUAUCGAUCGCCUCGUCGAGGCCACGGCAGGGAAUGAAUUACUAUCCUUCAUGGACGCCUUUUCAGGAUACAAUCAGAUCUUCAUGCAUCCCGAUGAUCGCGAGAAGACGGCAUUCAUUACCGAUCGUGGCACCUAUUGCUAUAAAGUGAUGCCUUCGGCCUGA